AUGGAAAACAACAACACUAAUAUUGUUAGCACUAGCUCACAAAAGCUAGACAGGAAAACACAGGAAAAGAAUAGAAGAAUCCAAAUGAAGUAUCUUUAUUCUAAGCUCUUUUCUCUUAUUCCUCACCAUCUCUCUAAGGAGGUGCUGACACAACAAGACCAUGUUGAUCAAGCCAUUACUUUCAUUGAGGAAUUAAAAGAAAGAGUAGAGGUAUUAAAAAGAAGGAAGGAUGAGGUGGUUGCACAAGUCACAGGUGAUGAUUCAAAGAAAUCCAUAUCUACAACAACUUGUACAAUAAAAACACCAACGGUUAAAGUUAGAGAGUUGGAUUCAACUCUAGAGGUGAUUUUAACAAGUGGUUUGCAAAAGAAUUUCACAUUGCAAGAGGUUAUUAAAAUCAUAGAGGAAGAAGGAGCUCAAGUUGUUACCGCUAAUUAUUCAACAAUUGACGAUACAAUUUAUUAUACGAUCCACGCUCAGGUGAAAAUUAUAAGAUUAGGGGUUGAUGCAUCAAGAAUCCAUUUGAGAUUACAAAAGUUGGUUUGCUAA